AGUCGGGAUAGUUCUUUGAUUGUGAAUCUAUUGGGAAAUCAUAGAGUGCAAUGUCAAUGCAUUGCUAGUUGUCUUUACAGAUGAGGCCGGGAUAGUUCUUUGAUUUCCAGUGCUAAUAAUUGUGUCGACAAGUAUUAUUUGAGUAUGUUUAAUUGUUUAUCUAUGUUCUUUCUCUUGCAACUGCAUUACAGCUUGAAUUGGAGAUUCGAUUUUUCUUAAGUUCUGUUGUGGAAAAUGGGGAUUUGAUGCCUAUAUAUUCUAUGGACUUGUGGGGGAGUUCAGAUAGUCAAUGUUAUUCUGAUUUGAUGCCUAUAUAUUCUAUGGACUUGUGGGGGUUUGAUUCUUGUAUAUUAUUCUGACUUGCUAAAAUCUCUAUCAGGUAUGAGUUUAAAACAAAUCAUGGAGAAUGGAUCACUUCAAUGAAACCAAAGUUUGGGGACGUGUUCGUACAACAAUCAAGUCAGUACCUCAGAAUGUAAAAAAAGUUCUGUAUAAAAUUUCGCAAACAUUAUACAUGCCGUAUAUAGAAAAAGCUCCUCUUUUUAAAGGAUGUUCUCCAGAGUUCAUCAAUCAGCUGGGGCCUCCUUCAUAUGAAUAUAUUGCUCUUGAGAAAGAAUUAGUUGUGGAUAUGGAUUAUGGCAAAGCUGUAGAUGAUGACGCAGUACUGCAUUCAAGAGCAUCCUUCUCAAAUGCAUCUAUUUCACAAGAUCAUUCUAAUGAAGGCGUUCCCUCUACACCACGACCUGCAGUCACAUUAACACCUGAACUUAUUCCUACACUUCACGCAUUUCUGCCACCCAAUUCCCAAUCUCCGGUGGCUCAGAGUGCUCAGCCACAAUUAAGUACUUCCACAACAGCACACUCACAUCCUCAUUCGACAAAUGAGAAAGGAACUUUCUCGCAGGGUUGGAGCCAACAGCCUCAAGCUACUGAUCCAACUGGACAAUCUCAACAGUUUGGGGUACAAGGGUAUUCAAACGCGCCCCUUUCUUCUAAUUUCCAGUCAUAUGCGUCCAACUUAAACAUGGGCCGCCACCCUGUCCCAGUUCCUUCAACAAUUAUGCAAAUGCAAAAUCCUGUAUACAACUUCCAAGAGCAGGGUUCUGUCUUCCAGGCCUCCUGGUAAUCACCCAGUUACAACACAGAGCCAACAGUUUGUGCCAGCAAUGCAGAAUAUGCAUCAUUAUCACCCAGAGGCUCCUCAUUACAAUUUGCAGCACAAAACCAACGCUAUCAGUCUACAUUACAAUUUGCUGCCAGUCUUCUCCUUCAAAUACAGCAGCGACAACAGCAGCAGUAGGCAAGUCCUCAUAUGGGAAACCAGCUGUGAGAUUUUGGUAGGUCUACACUCCGAGGAAUGCGCCUAUACUAGUGAGGAAAUUGAUGUGGUUCGUGAGCAACGGGCUAAGUUUUUUACCCGCAAGUAUUUACUAUUGGCUUGAGCACGCUUGAUCGAGGUGGUUUAGUUGUUAUAGAACAAUCGUUUACAUUAAAAUGUAUGCGUACAUUGAAAUUGGAACGUAUAUUUGAAUGUAGUACAUG